AUGAGUGCAAUCUUGCAGAUGACAGCAUUUGGUCUCGCUCUCCUCUCAGCCCUAUUCCUCCUCCUUGCCACAUGCACCGACUGCUGGAUGGUGAAUGCUGAUGACAGCCUGGAGGUGAGUCACAAAUGCAGGGGGCUUUGGAGAGAAUGUGUCACCAACAUGCAGGAUGGGGUGAGGACCUGUGACCAGUAUGACUCCAUUUUGGCAGACCAUCCAGUGAAGAUCGUGGUGACGCGGACGCUGCUGAUCACGGCGGACCUCCUGGUGGGCCUGGCUUUGGCUACUUUGCUCCUUGGGCUCGACUGCAUCAAGUUCCUCAAGGAAGAACCUCGUGUCAAACUGAAGAUGUGCUACGGGGCUGGUGCCAUCCUCGGCACUGCGAGUAUCCUGGGUCUCGUGGGCUCCGUGUGGUAUGCAGUGGAUGUCUACGUGGAGAGGGCCAUGCUGGUGUCCCAUAACCUCUUCCUGGGGGUCCACUAUGACUUCGGGUGGUCCUGCUGGCUGGGGAUGGCUGGCUCAACGGGCUGCUUUGUGGCAUCCGUCCUGCUCACCUGCUGCCUCCAUGCCCACACAGCCCCCAGCCAUCCUCAGGGACCUCAGCGCCGUGUUGUCACCACCAAGAUGUACACCAUGAACUCCCGUGUGUGA